AUGACUUUAGUUCAAGAUGAUGGGAGGCUUGAUAUAUUCCUUACAAUGACGUGCAACCCAAAAUGGAAAGAAAUCGAUGAUGAGUUAUUGCUUGGACAGUCAGCUCAAGAUCGACCGGACCUUGUUGCAAGAGUUUUUCAUGCUAAGUUAGAGGAUCUCAAGGUACAGUUAUUCCAGAGGCAUAUAAUCGGUGUGGUGGGGUCAUAUGUGUAUGUGAUAGAGUUUCAAAAGCAUGGAUUACCACAUGCACAUUUCCUCCUAAUAAUGACACCUGGAUAUAAGAUGAAUAAUCCAGACGAUUAUGACAAACUGGUAUGUGCUGAAAUUCCCAACCCAAUAAGGUUUCCUGAAAUGCAUGAUCUUGUCAAAAGUCACAUGAUGCACGGUCCUUGUGGCAGCUUACGAGAAAAAAGUCCAUGUAUGCAAGGUGUGCCAAAAAUAUGUCGUUUCAGAUAUCCUAGGCAAUUCAAUGAAAAGACAUCACAAGGAGAGGACUCAUAUCCAUUAUAUCGAAGGAGAAAUAAUGGAAUUGAGGUGACUGGCCAUGACAAACAAGUUAUCCAUAUUGAUAAAGACCAAGAAAAUAUUGUUAUUAAUGAGAUACAAAAGUUUCAAGACGCACGUUAUGUAUCCCUUCCUGAGGCAUUAUGGUUCAAAGAUGGUGACAGAAUGGAAGACAUUGUUGAUAGGGAGAAAGAAAAAAAUUCAAUGUUUACGGCAUUUUUCGAUAAGAAUAAAGAAGAUUCCAAUGCGAGAAAAUAUUUGUAUAAGAAUUUUCCCAAACGUUUUACAUGGAAUCAGAGCAACCAUUGUUGGAGGACCAGGAAACCUAAAUCAAUGAUUGGUCGACUGGUUUAUGCUAACCCAACUGAAGGAGAGAGAUACUACCUACGCCUGCUUUUAUGUCAUACUACUGGGCCUACCUGCUUUGAAGAUAUAUACACAGCCAAUGGUGUAUUACACCUUACAUUUCGAAAAGCAGCUCUUGAAAGAGGUUUAAUAGAGAACGAUGAUAAUUUAUCACAAUGUCUUGUAGAGGCUUCCUUAUUUCAAUUUCCCAGCACACUUAGAAGGUUAUUUGCAACAAUGUUGAUUUUUUGUGAUCCAGGAAAUGUUCGCAAGUUAUGGGCCGACCACUAUGAUUCUCUUUCUGAAGAAUAUAGGAAACAAUAUGGAUGUCCUGAGCGAGUGCAAAAUAUGGUCCACAUCGACAUUGGAGUCUUCCUAGAAUCUAUGGGUAAAAAGCUUAGUGAUUACGACCUUCCAAAUGUCAAUGCACACAUCGAGUUACAAUCAAGAGGCUAUUGUGAGGUGCAAGAAGAAUAG